AUGUCGUUCGCGCGCGCGCCGGACCCGCUCCGGAGCCCGCGCGGGAGCGGCCGGACCACGCCGGUCGAGCGGCGCUCCCCGCGCGUCUCGCGCGCGACGUCGCGCGCGUCGCUCCUCGGCCUCGACGACGACGACGCGCGGAAGAUGACGGUCGCGACGACGAGAGACGACGACGAGACGACGACGACGACGACGACGACGACGACGGCCGCGGUCGCGGUCGCGACGCGCGAGGAGGAGGAGGAGGACGCCCCCGGGGCGUCGCGCGUCGCGCGAUACGCGGGCCCGACGCGCGCGUCGAGCGCCAAGUCGCGCCUCGCGGUCGCGUCUCGAGAUGGUGACGCCGACGACGACGCCGACGGAGCACCGCGGACGCGCGACGACGCGCGCGACGACGACGACGACGACGCCGACGACGCGCGCGCGCUGUUCCGCGCGCUGGACCGCAGCGGCGACGGGCUCGUGACGAUCCGCGAGCUCGUCAUCGGGCUGCGCGCGCGCCCCGCGAUCGCGAGGCGGCUGCGGCUGCCUUCGAGCGUCCGCCAGGAGGACGGAAGCAGAGACGCGAUCGAGCUCUGGUUUCAAUCGCUCGACGCGAACGAGGACCGCGCGCUGUCGCUCGAGGAGUUUUCGCGGCACUUCGUCGCGGAAGCGCCGCCGCCGCCGCCGCCGCCGCCUCGAGAGACCGGGACCGAGACGAGCGCGCGGGCGGAGAUGGAGUCCUUAAGGAACGGCGUUCACCACGCGAACGGGGUCGUACGGAAAGCAGUCUCCUCAUCACCGAAUUCGACGACGACGAGAGAAAAGGAACGCGUCCGACUCGAACGCGGCGCCGCGUCGACGUUGACGUCGACGCCGACGCCGCCGUCGCCGGUCGUGGAGUUCGCGCGCGCGGACGUCCCGCUGGAAGACUUCCGAGCGCUCGCGAGGGCGUUCGCGGAGGGGAAGCGAUCGAGUCUCCCUGAGCGCGGCGCGACGACGCCGCCGCGUCGCGGGGAGCUCCCGAGGGCGUCCGCGCUCGGCGGCGUCGGCGGCGUCGCGACCGGGUCCACCUUCGGCGAGGUCUUCACGCGCGAUCAGCUCGCGUCCGCGGCGGCGUUCAGAGACGCCGCGAUCGGACGCGCGCGCGUGCGCGACGGCGCGUUCGUCGGCGAUUACCGAGCGGCGGCGGCGGCGGCGGCGGGCGGAGAGGCGACGACGACGACGACGGCGUCGAUCGCGUCGCCGCCGCCGCCGCGGUGGGGGGUGUCGUCGCCGGAGGAGGAGCGCGCGGACAGUUUGCGAGAGCGCGUCGACGCGCUCACCGCGUCGGUCGCGGCGCUUCGCGGCGGAACGACGACGACGAUGACGGCGGCGGCGGCGGCGACGGGGAAAUAUUCGCGUCCGCCGCCGCCGCCGCUGUCGUCGUCCGCGUCAGGUGCGUUCUAUACACUGGUCCCCAUACGAUCGCGUUCGCGUGGUGAACGCCGAUCCUUAAGGACUUUUGCCGGCGUUUCUCUCCGCCUACCCCCCGCGUUCAAUCCCCGCCCGCGAUGCCUUUCAACUUCAACUGACGCCUUUCAACUCCACCCCGAUAUCAUCGCUUUGUAUGUAUGGAACGGCCCUCAGUCCUGGAUCCCCCCGCGGGGUUCAAGCCGACGCCGCCGGCGUGGACGCGCGAGGACGUCCGCGCGGGCGGCCGCGGCGACCGCGAAGAAGAACGCGGUCGUCUCGAUCUCGACGAAGAACGCGUCCGCGUGCGCGCGGGUCUGCGCACGUGGGAAGCGCAGGCGCGUUCUGAUUCAUUCGCACUGGUCCCCAUACGACCGCGCGGAAUACGCCGCGGUCAUCGAGCGCCUGAGCGCGAUCGGCGACGCGCGCGCGGCCGCGGCGGUCGCCGCGCACGCGGCGACCGCCGCCGCGCUGGAGGCGGACGAGGUGGAGCUCGCGCGGCGGAAGCGGAAGGAGGAGCUCGCCGUGCUCGAGGCGGCGACGGCGAAGCGGAAGGACGCCGAGACGAACACGAGCGCGUGGACGGCGUCUCAGGCGCGUUCAUAUUUACACUGGUUCCCAUACGACCGCGUCGGCGUGGUGAACGCCACGGGGCCGUCGUUGAACCCGAGCGACGACGAGGACGACCUGAGGGAGGAGGCGACGGAGCGAGAGAAACGCAAGGCGCGGAGGCGUUUAUUACGCGCCGCCGCGGAGGUCCAGAGACUGUGCCCGGAGGACGAAGAAAACGACGAGAAUGAAAAGGAAAACGCGUCGCGCGCGGCGGCGACGGCGGCGGCGAAGGCGAAGAGCCGCGCCGCCGCGACCGAGGCGAAGCGGUUGAGAGAGGGGAAUCGAUACCUGAGGCAAGAGCUCGUGGCCGCGCAGAGGUUGAUGACCGGAUACCACGCGCAGCUGAUGACCGGAGGGGGCGUCAGGCUCGUCGACGCGUCGUCGACGACGACGAGGGCGGGAGGGGCGCGCUCGUCGGGCGGCUCGCUUCUCUCGUUCUCCCCCGAAAAGAUUGGCGCGUUUCCGUGGGAAGCGUCCCUGCGCGCGUCGUCGCCCGCCGCCGCCCGGGGCUCGCCGGUUUCGAUCCGCGCGGACGCGGUGUCGCUGAACGAAACGCGCGACGUCGUCGUCGAGGGUGGCGUCCGAACGGCGAACCGCGCGGCGGCGAAGAAGCUCGCCGCCGGCCGCGCGGCGAUCCCGGGCGUCGGGUACGAGUAUCUCGCUCGCGCCGACGUCGGAAGCGAUCGGCUCGCGGACGAGGUGUCCGAGCUGAGGAAGCUCGUUCGAAAGAUGGCGGACAGGGACGAGAAGAAGGACGCGGGGACGAGCGGUGCUUGA